AUGCCUGUAGAAUCGCAUACGCAAAAGUAUCGGAUAGUUGAAUGCAACCCAGAGCGUCCACGUCGAUUUCGGAGAGGCAAAACUGGAUGCAUUACAUGCAAGGUUCGAAGAGUUCGAUGCGACGAGCAGAAGCCCGAAUGCAAUCGUUGCGUAUCGACUGGGAGGAAAUGUGAUGGGUACCAGCCCAUAAGUCCAAGGAACUCCCCAUCUGGAUCUCAUCAAAAUACAUCAAGUACCAGCACAGAGGCACUACGAAAACAACUGAGAAUUGCUCUGCCCAAGAAGAACGACCAGGAAAUCCGGAGUUUUCGCUACUUUUUGGACGUCACAGCACCCACGAUUGCGGGCGUGUUCGAGGCCGAAUUCUGGCUUACGUAUAUACCACGAGCAUGUCACCUAGACUCGACGAUAUGGCACGCUGUGGUGGCUCUGGGAGCAGUGCACGAAACCUCCACCAAAACCACCGGCAGUACUGCAGGAAGUGGUACAACGUUUGCACUGCAACAGAUCAACGCUGCUAUCAACCAUCUGGUCCGCCCAAAAACUCCUUCUAGCGGUCAGGAGCAGAAUUGGCGAGCAUUGACAACUAGUGUCGUAUUCACCUAUCUUUGCAGCUUCCAGGGACUGUACUCGGAUGCUGCGAUCCAUUUGAGCGCGGCAAAACAUCUUAUUCAGGAGCUCCACGAAAUGAGAAAGACACCUACAAGGUCUACAUUCUCAAGAUCUACAAAUCGAAGAAUUACUGAUACCGUACCAUCCACUUUUGACCGCGCGCCAGUCCCUUACUAUGAUUUAUUCUCGGUCGUUGCCUGUCUCGAGGUCACAGCUCAACUCCUCAAUAGCAGCACAGAUUCCGUCGGGCGAGAACUCCUGAGCGAUGCAAGCGCCUACAUCACUUGGAGAACUUAUAGUGCUCCCUCAAUCCCAGCUUCCUCUGAAACAUGCGAACAUGGGAGAUGCCACCCCUCCCGAGCAACGCCUUCGAAUCUUAGCCAUGCCGGAAGAGCCAUCAAAUCUUUACUUAACGGGCUGAUGGCGAUGUCACAGCGCAAUGGACGUGAGGUUGCACGUCUCGUACUGCACGGCGAAGAGAGCGUCCUUGCGGCCUUGAUCCGUCGCCAACAGCCUUACGUCCGUGCCUACCAUGAAUUGAGCACGGCUAUCGACGCAUUCGUGCUGGAUACCUUCGCAGAGUGCACGUGCUUUAAUUCGAUUACUACACCGAAAAAGUCUCAGAAAAAGGCAGUAGACGUGCUCCGCAUGUAUCACGCGACGUGUUUCCCGCUCUUUCUCGAUAGCCCUACCGACAUGUUCCCUUUAAACACAACAUACCACCCAGUUCUCGCAGCAUCGGAAUCAUCAGCGAGGGGAUUGGUAUAUCGACGGGGGCGCGGUGGGAUUUUACUCCGCGACAGUCCUAGCAACUCCCCGCCCGCUAUCGGAGACACGUAUCUCAAAGACCUGCAGGCCACGAACCCGAUACUAGACGAACAAGAAAUUCUAUCGAUCCACUUCGAACAAGCGCUGACUCUCGCCGAAUCUAUUCUCCACGAACCCAUCUCACAAACACGGUCUGAGAACCCAUCUGAUUUUGUCCCUACUUUACCGACCACGACGCCCCUCCUUAUUCUAGCCAACAUCAGUGGCAUCACCCCAGAGCUUCGUAAGCAGGUUGUACACCUACUUCGCGAAUACCCACAACAAGAGGUCUUACACGACAGCACAUUUGCAGCGGCGCUAUGCGAGCUGAUACUAGGACUGGAAGCUAGCGAUCGCCACGGGACGCUGGAGAUCGAGGGAGCGUCGCCGGAAACAGCGCUCAGUAACAAGACGUACGGGGCCAACGUGACGUUCACAGACACGCACCAGGCACGCGUGGAGAUACAGACGUGGGACGACUGGCUUGCCGAGAGGCCGGGGCGAGAGGAGACGCUGUUGUGGUGA